CCCGAGGAUGCGGAGGAGUAGACGCGAUCCAGGGACAAGCCUGCCUGGUGCAGCUCGGCACACGAGAGAGCAGCAGUGCGUCUGAGGCGCUCCUCACGAUUCCCAUCCCGCUGACGGGGUCUACACUACAGUAGCCAGCAUGUAUAGACAAAAUGGCGCGCCUAUGUGACGUGACCAGUGAACACGAACAAUGAGCAGGCCCAGUCGGCGAUUGCCGGAACACCUUGUCCAGAACAAUGGAGGCGACAUAGCGCCUCGCGUGACUCCUGCGGGCCUGACUGCCCUAUCGUCCGCACCUUGAGGGCGUCACUCACGACAAACCAUCAUGAGCAUCCCCUUGAGCAAGAUUUUCUCGACGUUCUCGCUCGCCGUCAUGCAAUACGAACGCGCCGACUUCGGCAUCGGGAAUGAGGAGGAGCUGCACUGGGCGAUCGUCGCCGUCCACACCAACGACAACGAAGUCAAAGGCUAUGCAUCUUGGCAGGCCAUCGACCGCCACUAUAGCGACGGACGUCCCAACCCGGUCGUAUGGGAGCUACACUAUUCGCCGGACGUGCGCCUCAAUCAGGAUGCCAAGUGUCUGGGUGGCGUGUAUAUCGGCCAGUUGAAGGGCCAGGACGUGAAGAAGCUGAACAAGCUCAUCCACGCCACUGCUCAACCCAGGCCCAAAUUCGAUGGAUGGAACUGCAGGGAUUGGGUCCUGGAGGUCGUCAAGGACAUCCUUGUUCCCAAUGGUUGGGCGGACGCUGCCAUUGUAACGCAGCAGUCGCUGCUUCCGUCGCUCAAGGUCGCGGCGCCCGCGACAGUGACAGCGCGCGAGGAGAACAUGCUGGCAGCGCCGCGCGUGGCACCAUUCCAAGUUCCGGCUUAAGCUCUGAAGUGGCUUAUGGGCGAAUCAUCGAAUUGUGCUAUGCGUCACUGCGAUUCAUUUAACGGUUCUGGUUCUGAAAGCGUAGCUAGGGAGUGUGUGUAGAAUGUGGAUCGAGCCUUGGCAAGUCGCAAGGAAGGUGCCCACAAGCGCGCUCGCGGGGUUUGAACUCGGACAAAUUCAAACUGGC